AUGCGUAUCCAGCAACUCCUCCCUCUUUGCGGCCUCGUACUUGCCAGCGUUGCCAUCGCAUCCAAAUUGGACCACGACGACGUCCCUAAUCGCUGCUGGCCUGCCUGUGGUCCCGUCGUCGGAAUCUCCAAGAGUUGUGAUGCUCAGCACGAACGGGAUUCGGCUGAGAUUCAAUGCAUUUGCGAUUGGGACGCCGCCAAAACUCAGAUUCCACUCUGCUCUGCCUGCAUCACUCAGUAUCAAACCGACAGACGCAACCACAAUAUUACCCAUAACGACCAUGAUGACGACGACCAUGAUGACGACGACCAUGAUGAUGACAACGACGACGAUAACGAGGCCCUUGACCUUGUCCACUCUUGCUCGUUCACCACGACUACCUACAACUCUGCCGCCACUACUGUGACUGGCACAUCUACCACCACAGACACUUCUAGUCCUACUACUUCAAACGGAGCCACCGGAACAGAUUCUUCUAGCACCAGCGGAACCAACAGCCAGGAUUCGACUACGUCUGUUUCCUCGGGAUCCUCUGAUUCCGCUAGUGCCUCGUCAGGUUCUGCAUCCUCUCCCACUCCUACUCCUGGUGCUGCAGCUAGUAUUUCUGCUCCCGGUGCUGCAUCCGUGGCAGGUGCCAUGGGACUGAUGGCUUUUGCUUGGCUGUGA